AGCACGUCUUAUGUCCUGGAACAUAUGUGGACAACAUUCGUAGCGACCUUUGCAAUAAUAUGCGUAAGCGUGCUACGACACGUCGAGUGAGGUCGCUGACAUCCUACUAUACUGUCGAAGGUGUCUCUAUUUUAAGGCCGCUUAAGGGACUCGAUCCCAAUAUGUAUGAAAGCCUGGAGACCAGCUUCACGCAGCUAUAUCCCAAGUUUGAGAUCAUAUUCGCAGUAGCAGAUCCGGACGAUCCCUCCCUCAAGAUAGCGCGAGAGCUCAUUGAAAAAUACCCAGAUGUAGACGCACGAAUAACCAUCGGUGAACAAAUCGUGGGCGUAAAUCCCAAGAUUAAUAAUCUCAUGGAGGCAUUCGGCACGGCGAAAUACGACAUCCUCUGGGUGAUUGAUUCCAAUGCGCAGGUCGUUCCGGAUACGUUGGCUCGUUCCGUCGAUUCCUUGACUCAUGUGCGACCUUCUAAACCUCGCGUUGGACUAGUGCAUCACGUACCCUAUGCAAUCGCUUCGGCCCAUGAUAGCACUAUCGGAACGCAGCUCGAAC